AUGUCAGGAGAAGUCGCACUGCAAAUGCCUACGGAUCUGCGUUCAGUCUCAGCUCUUGAAGGUGUAAUACGUCUAACGGUUGACGUCCCUGCGUCAGCAAGCAGAGGCGUGUCAGGAAGGAAGAGACCAGCUGCCCGGUGGAGAACUCCUGAAUUUAUUCUCUAUGAAGUUCUUUUCGUAAUUGUCGUACCGAUUCUCGUCUGGGUGCCCGUAAAGUUGAGUUCUGUGAAUCACCCAAAUUACCCCCUAUACAGUCACCGGUUAUCUCAGGGAUGGCUGUCUGGUCGGCAAGUCGACAACAGCGAUGCCCAGUAUCGAUCAUUUCGUAACAACAUACCCUCCCUUGGCCUAUUGAUAGCCGCCUUCUUUGGAUUUAAAGCUGUAUACGUGUUUUUCGCCAAUUACUCGUCUCUCCUCAACGGCUGGCAGGUUCACGCGCGUCGGAUAUUCUUCCUAUCGACCUUCUCUGUGCUGAUGCUCAUGGGACUACACGGUUCCAGCGCUAUCAAGGUCUUACUUAUCAUAACCCUCAAUUAUUGGAUAGCCAAGUCGUUUAGAGGAUCAAAAUUAACACCCUUACUGACUUGGGUAUUCAAUACUAUCAUCCUAUUUGCGAAUGAAAGGAACGAAGGAUAUAAGUUCGCCGUCUUGCAUCCGUCUCUUGAAUUUCUCGACGACAUUGGCGGUGCAUACCCUCGGUGGCACGUCAGCUUCAAUAUCACGAUGUUGAGGCUCGUCUCCUUCAACAUGGAUUACUUCUGGGCAUGCAACGGAACCGGUGCAGCUGACACAGGAUCUACACUUGAUCACAAGAAGCGUACAACCACGCCACACCCGCAGGUAUUCUACGGUUACAUAAACUAUUUGGCCUAUGUGCUAUAUCCGCCGCUGUACAUAGCAGGCCCUAUCAUGACGUUUAACGAUUUUAUGUGGCAGCUCCAACGACCUGUCGCUAUUUCAGUCCGUUCAGUCGUCAAUUAUGCAUUCCGCUUCCUCGCGUGCCUCCUCACCAUGGAAUUCAUACUCCACUUCAUGUACGUCGUCGCCAUCAAAGACAGCCAUGCGUGGCAAGGCGACUCGCCCUUCGAGCUAAGCAUGAUCGGCUUCUGGAACCUCCUCAUAGUCUGGUUGAAGCUGCUGCUGCCAUGGCGCCUCUUCCGCCUGUGGGCUCUCAUGGACGGUAUAGACCCUCCAGAGAACAUGGUGCGGUGCAUGGCCAACAACUACUCGCCACUGGGCUUCUGGAGAGCUUGGCACCGUAGCUAUAACCUGUGGAUUGUCAGAUAUAUCUACAUCCCCCUCGGAGGUACGAAGAAUGUAGCAUUCACAAGCGUGUUAAUCUUCUCUUUCGUGGCGUUGUGGCACGACCUCUCAUUCCGGCUCUUAACGUGGGGAUGGCUUGUCAGCCUUUUCAUUCUCCCCGAGCUGCUCGCUCGCUAUCUGUUUCCCGCCUCUCAGUGCUCGGAUAAGCCUUGGUAUCGACACCUGUGCGCUGUCGGGGCCGUAUUCAACAUCCUCAUGAUGAUGACCGCUAAUCUCGUUGGCUUUGUCAUCGGGACAGACGGAUUGUCUUAUCUUCUCUCGCAGUUGAUUGGAACUUGGGAAGGUCUCCGCUUUUUCGGAGUUGCGUGCGUUUGUCUCUUCAUUGCAGCACAAGUCAUGUUCGAGUAUCGCGAGGAGGAAAUGCGCCAAGGCAUAUACCGCAGAUGUUGAACAUCGAUGACUAUCCAAUCUGUGGGACGAGCCAGACAUUCAUGUCUUGCGCUGAUUGAUUGGAAGCGGC